GGUCCCGCUCGGGUCCGCGCCCGGAUGGCGAUGGCGGCGGCGGCGGCAGGAGCCGGGGCCGGGGCAGCGGCGGCAGCGGCGGCAGCGGGCGGGGGAGGCGGGGAGCGGAGCAGCACCCGGGACCGGCUCCUGGCGGCGCUGGAGGAUCUCGAGCUCUUGGCCAGGGAACUAAUUGAAAUUUUGGCAAUUUCAAGAAACCAAAAGCUUCCCCAAGCAGGAGAGGAGAGCCAGAUCCUGGAACUGCUGAUUCAGAGAGAUGGAGAGUUUCAAGAGCUAAUGAAGUUGGCAGUUGAUCAGGGAAAAAUCCAUCAUGAAAUGCAGCUUUUAGAAAAGGUAGUAGAAAAGCGGGAUAAUGAUAUUCAGCAGCUGCAGAAACAGCUUAAAGAAGCAGAGCACAUAUUGGCAACAGCUGUUUAUCAAGCAAAGGAAAAACUGAAAUCAAUUGAAAAAGCACGGAAAGGUGCCAUUUCCUCUGAAGAAAUAAUUAAAUAUGCCCAUAGGAUCAGUGCUAGCAAUGCUGUUUGUGCCCCUCUGACGUGGGUACCAGGGGACCCACGUAGGCCAUAUCCUACAGAUCUGGAAAUGAGGAGUGGUCUCUUGGGUCAGAUGAACAACCCAUCCACCAAUGGAGUCAAUGGACACUUACCAGGGGAUGCACUUGCAGCAGGCAGACUGCCAGAUGUGCUUGCUCCUCAGUAUCCUUGGCAGUCAAGUGAUAUGUCAAUGAACAUGCUACCUCCUAAUCAUAGUAAUGACUUCAUGCUGGAGCCUCCAGGACACAAUAAAGAAAAUGAAGAUGAUGUAGAAGUUAUGUCAACAGACUCCUCAAGCAGCAGCAGUGACUCAGACUAGGUACAAGGGGGACAGUAUCCCUAGUAACCUUUCCUGUGGUGAAGGUAGGUUAGAUGCUGUUUGUCACAAACUGCAAUAUCCUUUUGUUACACCAGCAGCCCUGUGUAGGGAGAAGAUAACAGCUGGCUCAGAAAUAGGGUGACUAAUUUAAAACCAUGGACUACAGACUUGUUUUUUUCCUGUUAGAUGUUCUGGGAGCUGGGAGAAAUGUCUGGGAGCUGUCUGCUGGGGGAGAGAUGUCAGAUUUUCAGUGAUUGUGUAAAUGUAUGUUUGCAAGAGAUGUGUAAAUAUAUAUUUAUAUAUAUGUAUUUACUAUACAUUAGAUGACAUAAGUUCCCGGGAAAAAAUGUGUAAGGGGAAUCCCCUUGUAUGUUUGUUAGUAACUUUACUCUUUUGAUGAUAGCUUUUUCUAUGCCACAGAAAUGAAACAUGAAGUUUGUAAUGUAUCUUUUUUUUGUUACUGCCUAAAUCUAUGUUCUUGAUCAUCUGUGUAUCAAGGACAAAAAUAUGGCAAUAAGGUGUAAUAAAAGAGUUUGUAAUUAUUGUAAUAUAUAAUGAAUGAUUUGUCAUAAAUAAACUCACCUUUGAUCUAACUUCAGUUUUCCAAACUUGAAUCUUCGAUGAGUUGCCAUGUAACUUCAAUACUCAUUACAUUUUAUCCCAGUAUGUGCUUGAA